AUGAAGUACCGACUUCUCCUCAUAUUUCAUUUGAUAGACAUCAUAUCAAGUGGUGUCAUUCCGAAUACUGCCAAAAAACGUUUUCCGGAUGCUAUAAUAGUGGGAGUGAAGAAAUCUGGAACUAGGGCUUUACUGGAGUUCCUUCGAAUAAAUCCACUCAUCAAGGCUCCUGGUCCAGAAGUCCAUUUUUUUGACAAAAACUUCAAUAAAGGAUUAGACUGGUACAGGGAACAAAUGCCGGAAACCAGAAUUGGAGAAGUGACGAUUGAGAAAAGUCCUGCAUAUUUUCAUAGCAAAAUGGCACCGGAGAGGAUAAAGUCGUUGAAUCCAAACACGAAGAUCAUUAUUGUCGUGAGAGAUCCAGUGACAAGAGCUAUUUCUGACUACACUCAAUCUUCAAGCAAGAAAAAACGAGUUGGUCUGAUGCCAAGUUUUGAAACAAUGGCUGUGGGAGACUGUGCAAACUGGUUACGGGCUAACUGUACAACAAAAACCCGGGGAGUGAAUGCAGGAUGGGGAGCUAUCCGUAUUGGAGUAUAUCACAAGCAUAUGAAACGAUGGUUGGAUCAUUUUCCAAUAGAAAAUAUCCACAUUGUUGAUGGAGAGAAACUUAUUUCAAAUCCAGCCGAUGAAAUCAGUGCUACUGAGAAGUUUUUGGGAUUACAACCAGUUGCAAAACCAGAAAACUUCGGAGUGGACCCUAUCAAGAAAUUUCCGUGUCUGAAAAAUGAUGAUGGAAGGCUUCAUUGUUUGGGAAAAACAAAAGGAAGACACCAUCCAGAUGUGGAACCUUCAGUAAUGAGAGCGCUGAAAGAAUUCUAUAACCCUGAAAACAAAAAGUUCUAUCAAAUGAUAAAUCAUUGGUUUGAUUGGUAG